UGAGUCCGCCAGUCGCUCUUUUACUGUGUAGUGGAGUUGUUGUGUCGCGCCAUUCCAAAUUAAAACUUUUCUCUCCUUCGAUAUACUUGUAAAAUGAAAUAAAUCGACUCGAAAUUCGACAGUUCGCUAGAGAUAUAGUGCUGCGUUGUGUGUUGUGUGAGUUUUAGAAAUGUUUAGUGCUAUACAGUGAAGUUCUGUGGUGAUUCAUCUCGGGGAACAAGAUUCUGUUUAUGUGUACGUGUGUUGGAAUUCAAGUUAAACUGCAAAGGAAAUGUGUGAACGUUGAUUUUUUUGGGAUCUGUACAAGGAGAGUUAGCUUGCGGCGGGAAUAAGCAACCUGUUGGCUGGCUAAUCUCAUAAACGGAUGCUGUAAAAAUCCACCUUACGACCUGCAGAGUUUUCCCGGGAACUGAAUAUUUAAGGAGCUUUAGGUGGAUUAAAAACUAACGCCCCGUAGCUGUUCCAGAUGAAAAGCAGAUGUAAAAAUACUUGGAUAUAUUGAGGGAUCUUCAGUAAACCGAGAUCUGGCAGAGCAUAGAGCUGACUACUUGCCCGUAAAGAAACUAUCAGUGCAACAGAUGUGAAAUGCAUCUGCCUCAUUAUCCAUAAGAUUCCGAAAACUAAAAUGGCGGCGCGAACACUACACAAACUAUUAGUUGUAAGCCUGGCGCUAACAACUGUCGCUGCAGACUUCACGGCUAACUGCCCACAGGAAUGCAAAUGUGUUUGGGCGAGCGGCAACAAGCAGGCCGACUGUUCACAAGCUAACUUUCACGAAAUACCCAAAACAUUGAGCACGGAAAUUCAAAUCCUCGAUCUCACCGGCAACGAACUGUACGAAAUCUCACGACACGCCUUCGAAGAUGUCAGAUUAAUUAAUCUAAAGAAACUCAUCCUUCGAGACUGCAAAUUAUUAACCAUCCAAAGGAAUGGCCUCAGCGGUCUCGCUAUCAUGAUCGAACUGGAUUUAUCGAAAAACGACCUGAAAACGUUACACGCGGAAACGUUCAGAGAAACCUCGAAAAUUAGAUGGAUACUCCUCAAUAAUAAUAAACUCGAAAAGCUCGAGGAUGGUCUAUUUAGCAACCUUCCGUUCUUACAAAAAGUCGAUCUUAGCAAUAACCGUAUAGUACAGAUCGGUGUCAAAACAUUCAUGAACGUACCGAAACUUAAUAUACUUAGGCUCGAUGGAAACAAGCUCGAGCACCUAAAAGAAGACGCGCUAAAAUCGUUGACUUCCUUGUCCAAUUUAGAUGUGCACGAUAACCCUUGGCGGUGUGAUUGUUAUCUGCAGCCCUUCAGAAAUUGGCUGAUGAGCAAAAAGCUUUACACUUCCCCGAUAUCGUGCGUCGAACCAGCUAAAUUGAACGGUAAGCUGUGGAAGGAGUUAGAUUCCAGUGAUUUUGCUUGCCGGCCGAGCAUUGUGUACCCUUCAGUCAAGAGUACGAUACGAUCAGCUGAUAAUAACAUCACGUUAUCGUGUCAAGUCAACGGCAAUCCUCUCCCUGAAGUGAAUUGGGUCCUUAACGCACAAAUAAUAGACGGAACAUAUAGAUACCAAGGGGAGAUUAAGUAUGUAUUAACGCAGAGCAAUACUGAGAACAGUAGAUGGUUGAAUUUAACAAUAAUAGAUGCGGGCAGUACGGAUAAUGGAAUGUACUUAUGUGUAGCUAAGAACUCAGGCGGAGUUGAAGAAAGAAAUGUUACUUUAUUUGUUACGCACACUGCUCCUGGAAUAGUACCACCUACAGGAAUGGAUAGCAACAUGCUACCAGUUCUAAUCGGAGUAUCAUGUGCAGCAGCCAUCUUGCUGAUUAUCCUUGUUAUACUGUGUUACUGCUGCUGUCGAAGACGGUCUUCGGACAAGAAGAAAGCAGAUAAUUCGAACGGAGAGGCACUUAUUGAAGGGUCAGUGAUCCCAGAAAUGGAAAAGAGCCUGAUUACGGCUGUGAAUCCUGUGACGAAGCCGCCGCGACGAUACGACGUUCCACCAUCAAUCACCAGUGGCGGCACGGAAAUGUCUGAGCUGAAUAAAACCCUGCUUGACAACGAUUCAGUUUUCGCUCACAAUGACGACGAAAAACGAUCGCUCGACUUCGAUCAUCAAAAGCGAUCACAAGAUGCACUGAAUGGUGACUACGGCCGGACGGACGGUAGAGCGUACCCACCGGACCUGCUCUCCUUCCCCGCUCGAGCAGCUCAGAUAUCUCCCGCAGCUAGCAACGCGUCCACUGUACCAGACACUAGCAGGCUUCAAGUGAACCCAGUCAGUCCGAUCCAUUCACCCAUAUACGGCAUGACAACCAACCAAAAUAUCUUCAGAACGUUACCGUAUUCUCGAUCGCAGUCACCCUUCACAGCUCCCAUCACACCACCAGUAGUAACACCCAGACAAGGAUAUGUUACGAUACCGAGACGACCUCGAGUUCCAUCAUGGUCUAGUACGGCCAGCACACAAAUUUUGCCGAGCGCUGAAGCACAGGAACCGCUUUAUGACAAUUUAGGCUUACGAACAACUGCGGAUGGCAGCUCUGUGCUCUCCCUCAACAAAGCGGGCUUAGAACCACCGUUUUCGCCCAUGAGAAACAGACCACUGCCAGCAACUCCGACAUCUUAUGCCAAUUCCCAUCCUGUUUACUAUGCACCUAUUGAGGAACAAGAACCCGCUCCAUCACCAGUUCCUCCGCCCUUCACGCCCACGAGAAAUAGUAUAAGUUCACAAUUAUCGACCCAGCUCUCUACCCCUGGUCCACAGGAACCUAUCAAUCCGAGAAUGAGUUGGACAGCGAAAAGUACAUCAACUCCUCAACCCGAGCCGAGAAAACUUGUGAUGGACAAUAGAAAUUCAGAUUCGCAUGCUGACACACUGAAUCGUAGGGGAAAACCAGAAACAGGCUCGCUCAGGAGAAACGCUAGAAUCGAAAAGGAAGACAGUUCUCCAUCGAAGGAAGAUCCAAGAAAGAAUGAAAGCAACAUGUCCAUGAAUCAGUCCGGAACGAUGAACAGGAGCGGAAAAAUCCCACCGAGGCCCCCACCUAAACCUAAGAAGAAACCGACCACAGACGUGAGUCCCAGCGAGCCGCUGUUCGAGGACGAAGGCGAGGAUGGUACGGAAGUGUAGUGCCAACAGCAUCUCAGUUAUACAAUGUGCCAAUGAGCUUGUAGUGAUAACGUCGCAGUGAAUAUCAGUGAAUAACAAUGACAAGUGACAUUUGAUUUUUGCGGUGCUCGUGUAAAUAACUGUCGUGCUAGAUUUUUUACUAUUGCGUACAAUUAUCGUAUGGACCAUUUUAGUUUUAACAUAAGUAUUGUAAUUAGAGUACGCCAUCGAGUUAAGGAUCGUAUUGUACACUUACGUGUUAAGUAUUUAUUUGUUUGUUUAGACAUCGAAACGGUAGCUACUCAUCGCUUGCCAAUUGCGAAGGCAUAUCUUGAUCCAUUUUAAGACUGAUUAUUAUUCUAAAUUGGUUCUACAUUCCGUGUUUGAUCAUUGUAAUUCCAGAUUAUGCAAGCCUAACAAUGCAUUUGUUUUAAAAUUAAAUUAUUUAGGAAUAUUUGGAAGACUGAAGAGAUUUAGGCGCUUUGGACUAUUGAUCACGUCAAUAGUCUGUAGAAAGCGCAUUAUAGGUGUAUCAUU